GAGCGGAGGCAGGGGGAGGCACGGAGCAGAACAAGCCUCUCAGCAGACAAUUGGAACAGGAAGCAAGGAAGGAAAGGGUCUUUCAGAAAGGAAGGAAGACUGGCAAACUCAUUGGGCUUGUGACAAGACAGCCACACAGCAGCUCCAGAGACCACCCAUUCCGCAGCCGAUACGAACACAAUAAGAAGGUCCACCAAAGAGCAGAAGAUGAAUGACAGCCUGUCAAACACUUCUAUCAAGUGUGUUCGGGAUACCAGUGUGAUAGCCGUGGUGUUCCCCUGUCUAUACAGCAUCCUCUUUAUAGUCGCCCUGAUACUGAAUUCCCUGGCUGCAUGGAUCUUCUUCAGCAUUCCCAGCUCCUCAACAUUUGUGGUCUUUCUGAAAAAUGUGGUGGUGGCUGACCUGCUGAUGACCCUGACCAUACCUCUGAAAGUCUUGCGUGAUGCAGGCGUGGGAUCCUCGCGACUUAGCGCCUUCUACUGCCAAUACUCUGCGGUUUUAUUCUACAUCACCAUGUACAUCAGCAUCCUCCUGCUGGGCCUUAUCAGCCUGGACCGCUACCUGAAGAUAGUAAGGCCCUUUGGGAAGUGUUCCCUGCAGCGGGUUCGUGUUGGUCAGGUGCUGAGUGCAACUGUCUGGGCAGUCAUGUUAUCUUUGGCAUUACCGAAUGUUAUUCUCAGUGACCAGAAGCCACGUUUCUCUGGAGGCCGACUGAAGUGCACCUCCAUGAAGAGCAAAGCCGGCUUGCUUUGGCAUGAAGGUUUCAACUAUUUAUGUCAGGUGGUUUUCUGGGGCACGCUGGCCUUGAUGGUGUUUUGCUACACGUUCAUCAGCAAGAAGGUUUAUGAGUCAUACAAAGCCUCAAAGAGCAGAUCACAAACAGCCAGGCGCAGAACCAAAGCAAAGGUCUUUGUGGUAGUGGGGGUGUUUUUCAUCUGCUUUGCCCCCUUUACCUUUGUUCGCGUUCCCUACACUCUGACCCAGACUCGCAGCAUGGCGAGUCCUUGCGAAGCGCAGCACGCGAUCUACAUCGCAAAAGAAACCACCCUGUGGCUGGCGGCCACCAACGUGUGUCUGGACCCGCUCAUCUACAUUUUCCUGUGUAAGUUGUUUAGAAAAAGACUGACAGCCGCAAUCUGCCGUAAGCAACUCCCCAAAGGUGCCAUGGAAUCCACCACGGCGACCUUAACUCCACUGGAGAUGUCACAGGCCCCUCUGAGUAACAGGCUGUCAUAUAAUGGGAUGCCAGAGUAACACACUGGGGACUGUACAAUGGGAAAUCCAUCAAUGUUAACUGCCAAGGCAUGAUGAGACACUGCCUGAAAGGUUAUUUUACUUGUAAAUAGCAUUUGUCGCGAUGACAGCAGUUGUAAAAAUUGUUAAAUAAUGCAAAUUGAAUAAAAUCUGU